AAGUGCUUGGUUCCUUCUUUUUCCCGUACACCCCACCAUCUCGAGGAAAAGGCAAGGAGUUGAAAUUGGAUCACUCCUAGGACACUCUUGUUCAGUCCAAAGGGGAGAAAAGACGUUGGCAGAGGGAGACGGGAGGAGGGACAAGUCCCUAACUCCGGGAUCCCACCCUCCCCUUGCACAGGAGGAGGGAGGGGGAGGUUAAGCAAACCCGGAGCUGGCCCAGCAGGACCUACUUUCCUCUCUGAAAAUGGCUGCCUCGGUGAACACUUUCUGUUCAAUUCCUUGAAGCCCUUCGUUGUGGGGGGAAAAGCAGAGGGGGGUGAAGACCAGCCAGAUAUGCUUCUUUGAACCCUCUCCUCUACUGGAGCCGAGGAUUAGGGGGAGGAGGGGAGAAGUAAACAGAAAAAGAGGGGAAGGAGAGAGCGAAACAGGAAAAGAAAGAGAGGAGGCCUGGAACAGAAGGUAGGGAGGAGGCUUUGCAAAAAAGAAAGAAAGAGGGGGACCCCCAAGCCCAAACAAGGAGAAAAGAGGGUGUGUUGGUGCAGCUGUUCUUGCGAGGGAGGCUGUAGAUGUAUGUAUUUAGUUAUCUUCGGGAAGAUUCAGUGUAGCAAAUGAUGAUGAUGAUAAUAAGCUGAGGAUUAAUUCCAGUUGUCUGUGCGUGUAUUGUUGGGCAAAGAAGGAGGAAAAGUAUGUACGUUCCAUCCAGAGAGAAACUCUGAACGUUCUAUUUCCCCCUCCAUAUUCGCCUUUCCUUUCCUCCCUUCCCCCGCCAUCCCUGGAAGCCUCAACGUUCCAUUCGGAGGGGUUCUAUUCUUUCAAGAACCUCCAGCGUUCCAUCCGGCCUCAAAGUGAGUGUUUGAACGUUCUGUUUGGAUAACUAGGGCGCCUCCUGAUAGAGAAGGGGUGUAAGCGGGGAAUCCGGAGGUGGAAGUAGUGAGGGAACCGGUAAGGCAGCAGAAAGAGAGGCCUUCUCCGUCGGAUGCGUCUGCUUGAAGAUCAAAGGCAAACCCGGAGCUCCCUUUGUGUGUCCUCUUAGGGAUCUUACUGCUUCGCUAGCUCUUGGGGCUUAUUUUGGAACCCUAAACUGCCGUGGUGGAAGGACGCAAAGCUCUCCCCUCCCCACUCUCAGAAGGGGGCAGGGCGUUCUGUUUUUUUUCUUGGUUUCGUGGAAAGAUCCUCGGAUAUUGGAUUUAGCAUCCUUUCCAAACCUAAUAUUUGGUGGCUGUUUUUCCUCCCCGGGUGGCUGUAAAUAAAAGUCCAACCAUUUUUUUGGGCGUUUUUUUUUUUUUUUUUUAAAGGAGGAAACAAAUGCAAGCCCUUUAUUUUUCUCCUUCGAUUUUUUGGAUAAUGGUUUCUGCCGUGUCUUGCCGAUGGAUUUUGCCGGGUGAGAAUUUCUGGAUCGCCUUGUAGAAGAGAGGUAGGUCUCCUGGAGACAGGAUGGAUGAUCAGAAACCGCCUGGUGAGGGCAAAGGCUCUGACACGCCAACAGCAGAUGGAAUUGUGUCUUCAGAGGAGCAGGGCACUGUGGAAGCUGAUCCCCUGAAGCCACCAGAAGACGGCCCUGUGAAAGAGGUGUCGGAAGAAGUGGAGAGUAAAGAGGCACCACCUCCAACCUGCAGCUCCCCUCCCAAACGCUGUGCGUUCUGCAACUGCAGCAAAUGGAGCCUGCACGGACAACGAGAGCUAUUGCGUUUUGAUCCGGCACCUGAUUGGGUAGAAGAUCCUUCUGACUCACUGGAAAGGAAGCAACCUGGCUCCACAGAGGCUGGAGGUGAUGACCAGGCCCUGAUUGGCUUUCCAGAUGGGGUGUCAAAACGCGAGGUGUUUGAGCCAACAGGGCACUUCUGGGCUCAUCACUGGUGUGUGGUCUGGUCGGCUGGCAUUUUGCGUGCUGAAGGGUCAUGGUUGAGCCAUGUGAACAAAGCUGUCAUCUCAGGGAUUGCACAGAAAUGUGAACACUGUAAUAGAUGGGGUGCUACCAUUCCGUGCCAUGCAGAGGGGUGCCAGCGCCACUAUCACUUCCCCUGUGCAGCAGCCAGUGGCUGCUUCCAGUCCAUGAAGAGCUUGAAGCUCCUGUGUCCAGAGCACCUAGGCCAGGCUGUACAGAUGGAGGAUUCGCGCUGUAUGGUGUGUGACACGCCAGGAGACCUGCAUGAUCUGCUGUUCUGCACCAGCUGUGGUCUGCACUACCAUGGCAACUGCUUGGAGAUCACCGUAACGCCACGCAAACGCUCAGGUUGGCAGUGUCACGAAUGCAAAGUUUGCCAAACCUGUAGGCUAUCUGGUGAGGACAGCAUGACAUUAGUGUGCGAAGCCUGUGAUAAAUGCUACCACACCUACUGCUUGAAACCUGCCAUUGAGAGUCUACCCACCGACUCCUGGAAGUGCAAAAGCUGCCGUGUUUGCUCAGACUGUGGCUUCCGCUCAUCUGCACUGGAUCCCAGCAGCCAGUGGUACGAGAACUACACACUGUGUGAAGGGUGUCGCGAGAAGCGUCGCAAGAAUGCAGACAGCACUGAAGCUGAGCAGCACAGCCAAGAGCAUGUUUCUCCAGUAAGCAGCAUCCCCACAACAGACACACCAGCAUCUCCUCAGCCACUGGAGGCAGCAGGUGUGACCGGUGAGGGGCAACCAGAAAGCAGUGGCAGCCCUGUCAGUUUGCCACAAGAAGAGGAGGUGCCAUUGGACUGUCCCGAGAAACCCGCUGAUGCAGAUAAGUCUUUAGAGGUGUCUAGUGUGGAUCCAGAGGGCCCUGCAGGGCAGGAGCAAAUGGAAGUGGAGGCAAUGUUAGAACCCGAAAAGGCCCCUUCACCACCACCCCCUCCCCCAGUACCACCAGAUCCGGUGUCACCUGCUCACCCUGAAGAAUCAUCGCUAGGUGUCAAAGAGCCUCCUGCCUUUGAGGUGGUGCCACCCAUAGAGCCUGAACCCACAGAAAGCCAUAUUGAGACUGCACCCUCCUCUGCUCAGGUAGCUGAGUCAUCCUCCAUGAGCCCUCAGCCUGGCUCCCUCAAAGCUGGCUUGCCUGAAGCUGCUGAGGAAGGAGAGCCCAGUGAGGAGCCUAUGGACACAGGGACAGAGGGGCUUGUCCUGCACAGCCCUGUUACCAACAGAGUCCAGCCCAGCCAAGAAGAGGAGGAAGAGGAGCUGGCGUCAACCAAGAUGGAGCUCGAGGAGAGAUUCUCUCCACAGCUGAGUGAAGAGGAGGCACUAGAAGAAGGGCAUGCCACUGUGGGGCCAGAGCCCAACGAGACUUCACUCAGCUUUGCCAGCGAAUCCAAGCGCUCUCCUUCGCCUGUGGAGGCAGAAUUGCUGGGCAGCACAUCCACCCCGAUGGAGGCCUAUGGAGCUGCCAACCCGCUAGAGGGAGGGGCAGGGGGUGAAGAGGAGGCAGGAGCAGCGCCACGACCACCCCUGAGGCCCCACCCCUUGCUUAAGUCAGAUAUUGUUAAUGAGAUCUCAAACCUGAGCCAGGGCGAUGCCAGUGCCUGCAGCUUCCCAGGUUCGGAGCUGCCAUUUGCUUCCCCGUACCACGAAGGUGGGGGCUCGCUUUCCCUGGAGAUGGCUGGCCUGACCUCCACAGAUGUCAGCCUGCAGAAGGAAGAUGGCGCCUCUUUGCCCCUGGGCGAGAUGGAUGACUCUUUACUGUUCGAUGUAAAAAGCGAGGGCGACAAGGGACGGCGGCGCAGCUCUCCAGCCCGCUCGCGUGUCAAACAGGGCCGCAGCAGUAGUUUUCCUGGGAGGAGACGGCCUCGGGGAGGGUCUCACGCAGGUCGAGGGCGGGGCCGUUCACGGUUGAAAUCCACUACUUCUUCCAUCGAGACAUUGGCGCUUGCAGAUAUCGACAGUUCCCCAAGCAAGGAGGAUGACGAGGAUGACGACGACACAAUGCAAAACACAGUGGUGCUCUUCUCCAACACUGACAAGUUUGUGCUGAUGCAGGACAUGUGUGUAGUCUGUGGUAGCUUUGGCCGUGGCUCUGAGGGGCAUCUCCUGGCGUGUUCCCAGUGCUCACAGUGUUACCACCCUUACUGCGUCAACAGCAAGAUUACCAAGGUGAUGUUGCUAAAGGGCUGGCGCUGUGUAGAAUGCAUUGUGUGCGAAGUUUGUGGCAAAGCAUCUGACCCCUCCCGCCUCUUGCUCUGCGAUGACUGUGACAUCAGCUACCACACAUAUUGCCUGGACCCGCCCCUCAACACCGUGCCCAAGGGCGGCUGGAAGUGUAAAUGGUGUGUGUGCUGCGUGCAGUGUGGGGCAGUUUCUCCUGGCUUUCAUUGUGAAUGGCAGAACAAUUAUACCCACUGUGCUCCCUGUGCCAGUCUUGUCGCCUGUCCCAUUUGCCAUGUGAAGUAUGUGGAGGAGGACCUGCUAAUCCAGUGCCAGCAUUGCGAGAGGUGGAUGCAUGCUGUCUGCGACAACCUUUUCACCGAGGAAGAAGUAGAGCAGGCUGCAGAUGAGGGAUUUGACUGUGUCUCUUGCCAGCCCUAUGUAGUGAAGCCUGUUGUUCCAGUUCCUCCUCCAGAAAUUAUCCCAGUGAAGAUCAAGGAACCAGAGCCUCAAUAUUUUCGCUUUGAAGGUGUCUGGCUGACCGAGGCUGGCAUGGCAGUGCUCCGGAACUUGUCCUUGUCACCACUGCACAAGCGCCGGCCACGCAAGGCGACGCCGACGCCGACACGGCCAUGUGCCCUCAAUGGCGAAGGUGGGCUGGAUGGGGUUGACCCCCUGGGCCCGGAUGAAAAAAAGGAGGGUGAUGUCGAGGCAGAUGAGAUCCUGAAAGCUGAAGUUAGUGUUGAGCACAUGGAGUGUGAAAUCAAAUUGGAAGCUCCUGCUACCCCAGACAGGGAAGCUGCAGCCGAUGCUGACUUGAACAAGGGUCUGCUGGAAGACUCUGAGGAGGUCAAGAAGCGGAAGCGCAAGCCAUAUCGCCCAGGUAUUGGAGGGUUCAUGGUACGGCAGCGGAAAUCACACACACGCUUGAAAAAGGUAUCGGCAGCCUUGGUGGCAGAAGUCCCUCGUGAGGUGACAGGUGCUGAGGGGCCCCCGGAAGAGGGAGCUCAACCCACUGAAAACCCUGCAGAGGUCAUCGCUGAGCAGGGAGUAGCUGAGGUGGAUGAAAAAAAGAAACGCCGUGGCAGAAAAAAGAGCAAGCUGGAGGACAUGUUUCCUGCCUAUCUUCAGGAAGCCUUUUUUGGAAAGGCGCUCCUAGACUUGAGCAGAAAGGCCCUGCUGGCAGCUGGUGGUGUGGGCGGGAAUGGAACUGCCCACCCUCCUGUCAGCCAGGGGGGUCCCAGGCCUAAGGUGGAUUCCAACAUGCUCCAGAAAGGGCCUGUGGAUGGAAAAGAGACUUUGCUUCAGCCCAAAGGGGAUGAAUGUGUUGAUGGCAGAGAAGCAGCAGCUCCAGAAAACAACUUGAAAACAGCGGAGGCCAAGACUGAGAAUACCGGCACAGAGGAACAGAUGGUGCCCAAGAGCUCUCCAGAUCCUACAGGUGCCGAGAACCCAGCCACACCCCCGGGGGAGGGGGUGCUCAGCUCCGACCUUGACAAAAUCCCUACUGAAGAGCUGCCCAAAAUGGAGAGCAAGGAUGUCCAGCAACUCUUUAAAGAUGUCCUGGGAUCAGCAGAGCGAGAGCAGCAACUCAACUGUGUUGGGGCCGAAGCUGAGGCUGGAGGCAUUCGUGACCCAAACCGUGCACAGUUGGCCCCACGGUCUUUUGUGCAAAGUAGUGGUGUGUCCCUUGGGUCCUUGCAGCCAACUGUGCCCAUGGAGACCUACUCUGGAGUUUGCCAGUCCCCAUUUCUUGAUAGCAGGGAGAGAAGUGGCUUCUUCAGCCCAGAGCAGUGUGAGCCGGAGAGCCCUUGGGCCAGCAGCUCUGCGGCAUCCACGCCCACAACACCCACCACCGAAGGGGAGAGCGAUGGACUCUCCUAUAACCAGCGGAGCCUGCAGCGCUGGGAGAAGGAUGAGGAACUGGGAGAACUGUCCACCAUCUCGCCUGUGCUCUAUGCCAACAUGAACUUCCCCAGUCUCAAACAAGACUACCCAGACUGGUCUAGCCGUUGCAAGCAGAUCAUGAAGCUCUGGAGAAAGGUGCCAGCCUCUGACAAAUCCCCUUACUUGCAAAAGGCCAAAGAUAACCGAGCAGCUCACCGCAUCAACAAGGUGCAGAAGCAAGCCGAGAGUCAGAUCAACAAACAGACCAAAGUUGAAGUGCUGCGGAGACCUGACCGCCCUGCCCUGCACCUGCGCAUCCCACCCCAGCAGGGGACUCUGCCUGGUGCUACCCAGCCGCCUCAACCACCUCCUCUCCCUGCUGCCUCAGUGACUGGGCAGCCCGUCUACGUCAACAAUGCUGCAGCUCUGCCAAGCGGGUUGGGUGCCGAGUCGCCCAGUGAGCUCUUCCUCAAGCUUCCCUCUUCUGCCACCAGUGCCCACCCUUCUGCGCAAGUGCCUUUGCACGAGCCCUACGGCAUGGCCUCUGCAUGCCCCCCACCUGAUCCAGGUUUUCCCUCUUCAGUGGGCCAGAGUCCUACAGUGCCUGCCGGCUUUCCCACCACCUCUUCGUCCUCUUCUGGACAAUCCCCGCUCCUGUCCAUCCCUCGUCCAGCUCCCUCAUCUGGGGAAUUCCAGCCUACACCCCCUGGAACUCCAAGGCAUCAGCCCUCCACCCCAGACCCUUUCCUCAAACCCCGCUGCCCAAGUGGAUCCUUGGAGAACUUGUCCGUGCCUGGAAGCCCCCAGCGAGCUGCGCUGCUGCUUUCACCCCCGCCCUUUGGAGAGCCGAAGAAAGUGUUGGAUAUCAAGAAGGAAGACCCUGGGCCAGGGAUCUGCUCUCCGAGCUAUGGCUCCAGCUAUGACUCCCCAGCCAGCACUCACCACCCCUCUGAAAUGAAGGCUCCUGAUGUUUUUAAAGCCCCACUCACUCCACGGCAGACUCAGGUGGAGCCACAGAGCCCUGGUUUGGGGCACCGACCUCCAGAUUCUCACCCUGUGGCGUCUUCUCCCCCCAGUCAGGUUGAUGUCUACCGGCAGUCACCAUUCUCGGAUCCCUAUGCUCAGCCUCCCUUGACACCUAGGCCUCAGCCCCCGCCCCAAGAAAGCUGCUGUGCCCUGCCCCCUCGCUCACUGCCCUCUGACCCCUUCUCACGCAUACCCGCCAGCCCACAGUCCCAGUCUAGCUCCCAGUCACCCCUCACUCCCCGGCCACUCUCCAACGAAGCCUUCUGCCAGUCCCCGGUCACUCCUCGCUUUCAGUCCCCCGAUCCCUAUUCCCGGCCCCCUUCUCGGCCACAAUCCCGGGACCCCUUUGCUCCUCCGCACAAGCCCCCUCGGCCCCAGAUGCCAGACACUGGCUUCAAGCCAAUGCCAGUCUCUCACAACACCCCAGCUGUCGGGGGCUUCCCAACAGUGCCUCCCUCAGGCGAGCCCCAUCCCAAAGCCAGCCAGCAGCCCCCUUUUGCUCGUUCCCCUGGUGCUAGUGUUUUCCCAAAUGCUCAGCCUCAGAUGCGCUUCACCUUUCCUCCCAAUGAGCCAAUCAAGAGUUCUCCUUCCCAUGGGGUCAACAGCCAUUUUGCUUCUGGAAAGCCCCAAAACACAAGCUAUGUAUCCUCUCCAGGGUUCCAUCAGGCUGGGAGCCCUCUGGGGUCAGGCAAGAGUACCACGGACUCCUAUAGUCUCUCCCCUCUUCGGCCUCCCUCGGUUCUGCCCCAACAGCCUUCUCAGCAAGAUGGCGCCUUGUCCUACUUGCCACGAACAGGAAUGGUGCUGCCAGGUGACAAGAGGGAAGAGGGAGUGGUUGGAGCCCCAAAUAGGGAGCUACAAGAACUGCCAGCUGGCCAGGAGGGAGCCCUCACCCAGACAGAAGUGGAGAAACAGCGGCAGCGACAAAGACUCCGUGAGUUGCUUAUCCGUCAGCAGAUUCAGAGGAACAACCUGCGGCAAGAAAAAGAGAGUGCAGCAGCUGCAGCCACCAACGCCCAGGCAUCCUGGAACCCUGAGGGUGGUGGGCAGGCCUUUGAGCAGAUGAAUCGGAGCAUGACUCCUUACCCAUCAGCACAGGACAAGGGAAUCCUUAGCAACCUGGGUGGCACCCCAGGAGCCAGCAAGCUGCCCAGUGCUGUGAUGGUGCAGGCACCCUAUGUGCAGGAUGAGCGCCUUGCCCGACCACCCCCAGCAGCCACCCCUUCUGCUAUGGAUAUCAAUGGCAGGCCAUCAGUGGCACCUGCCCAGCCAUUUUAUCCCCGUGGUGUCUUCCAAGCCCCAUCUCCACAGCAGCAGAUGUGGCAGCAGCAGCAGCAAGCAGUAUCUAUGCGUCUCCCUGUCCCCUCACGCUUCUCACAGCCCCUCACCCAAGACUUGAACCGUCAAACCCUGGGAAGCCUUGCUCCACGCCUGCCAGGCCCCAGUGAACAGCUUCAGGCUGCAGCUGGCACUCUGGGAGCCCAGUUCAUUGAGCUCCGACACAACAUCCAGAAGGGGGUAGUCAGGAGUGGACCUGCCUUUGUCCAACAGAAUCCCCAGGCUCGGCCCAGAUUCUUCUUGCCUGGGAAUGAUGGCACCAACCAGGCUUUGAAGGCGUCUGUUAUGCCCAUGCAGGCCCCUGUCCUAGGGAGCCAAGGCAUACAAGCCCAGAAGGUAUCUGUCCCUAUUUCAUCCUCCCCACAAGGGGCAGAGAUGAGCAACCACCACCACCCUCAUGCCAAGGCACUCCCCCAGUUGAUUCUGCCCCCUGGCAACUUGGAAAUGCAACAUGUCCCACCCCGACCCCUUUCUUCAUCUGGCCCUAAAGAGGUGCCCAUUGCCCCAGCUGCUGGAAAGAACCAGCUAGGUCUGGCCAGUAGGCAGUUACCCUGUGAGGUUCCAGUGGAACCGGAUUUAGAUGAUGACUUUGAUUCCCACAAGGACCUGGAGGAUGAUGAUGACUUAGCCAACUUGAGUCUUGAUCCGGAUGUUGCCAAGGGUGAUGAUGAUCUUGGUAACUUGGACAAUCUGGAGACCAAUGACCCGCACCUGGAUGACCUGCUGAAUGGUGAUGAGUUUGACUUGUUGGCCUACACAGACCCAGAGCUGGACACUGGGGACAAGAAGGACAUCUUCAAUGAACAUUUGCGCCUGGUGGAAUCUGCCAAUGAGAAAGCUGAAAGAGAGGACCUGCUCAAGAAAGAACCCUCUGUUGAACCCUACCUCAAGGAGGCUCCCUCCAGUGGUAUUGGCAAGCCAGGUGACCAGAAGGCAGUAUCAUUGCCCAGAGAUGAUGUGCCCAAAGCUAAGGAGGGACUGGGUCUCCUCCAUGUUCCUUGCUCUUCCUCGGCAGGAGUACCACCACCCAUACAUGCAACCUUCAAGGCCCACUCUGACAUGCUGGACAGCAAGAUGGUUAGCCUACCAGCAGAUAUCAAGCCCAAGAUUGAGGAAGGUUGCCUGAAGUCCUCACCAUGCCAAUUCAACACCAGCACCUCAGAUAAGCUACCUGUCAAAUCUGAAGGAGCUGAUAAAAUGGUUGCUUCCUUAGCUGUGAACGUCAAGCCCAGCCAGAAUCCAAUGAACCCUGGUGGAGUGCGGCUGGGCAUGACCCCACUCCACAGCAACACUCAACCUUCCAUCUCUGAAAAAGUCUUUUAUGGCACCCCAAACCGCCCUCCACUUCCUUCUGGCCAGAUGGCUAACACCAACAGCUCCAUCAUGGAGAAGUUUGAGCUAGAUGGCGGGCCUUUGAGCCUGGCUAAUACCCAGCAGCACUCUCCAGCAGAAGACCUGGACAAAAUGGACAGCUCCCUCGUAUCUAGUGAGCUGCCUCUCUUGAUUGAAGAUCUGCUGGAACAUGAGAAGAAGGAGCUGCAGAAGAAGCAGCAGAUGUCUGCUCAAAUGCCAGGGGGAGCCCAGCACCUCCAGUCCCAUGCCAUGUUGGCUCCCUCUGUUCCCUCUACUCAAUCUCAUGAUGGACAGCUGGUAAACCCACAGCAGCAGCUUCAGAUGGGCCUAGUGGCCAGGCAACAGGGUAUGGUGGCCAACCAGCAGCUGAUGCAGCAGCAGCAGCAGCGUCUGGCUGGUCCCCAGCAAAGCCAAGUCCUGACUCCACAUAUGGGAGUGACUCAGAACCAGGCUCACAUGCUCGCCACCCAGCAUGGCAUCCAAACACCACAUGGCCCGCAAAACCAGCAGCAAAUCUUAGCCCAGAAGCCCAUGCCUGGGGUUCAGCAGCAGCAGCAGCAGCAGCAACAGCAACAGAUGAUGGGACUGAAGCCCCAGCAGCUUGUGAUGCAGCAGCAGCAGCAGCAGCUGGCUAACAGCUUCUUCCCUGAUACAGAUCUGGAUAAAUUUGCUGCUGAGGACAUUAUGGAUCCCAUUGCCAAGGCCAAGAUGGUGGCUCUGAAGGGUAUUAAGAAGGUCAUGGCACAGGGCAGCAUUGGGGUGGCUCCUGGCAUGAAUCGGCAACAAGUCUCCCUGCUGGCCCAGAGGUUGUCCGGAGCUUCAGCUUCAUCUGAAAUGCAGAAUCACAUCCUACCUAGUUCUGGAGGGCAGGAACGGAGCAAUGAUGCCACCCAGGCUCGUCCAAACCCACCCACCUUCACUCAAGGUGUUAUCAAUGAAGCUGAUCAGCGUCAAUAUGAAGAGUGGCUUUUCCAUACACAGCAGCUUCUGCAGAUGCAGCUGAAGGUGCUGGAGGAGCAAAUUGGCGUGCACCGCAAGUCCCGCAAGGCCCUGUGUGCCAAGCAGCGGACAGCGAAAAAGGCUGGCCGGGAGUUCCCCGAGGCUGAUGCUGAGAAGCUCAAGCUGGUGACAGAGCAGCAAAGCAAGAUCCAGAAGCAGCUGGACCAGGUCCGGAAGCAGCAGAAGGAGCAUACCAACCUCAUGGCUGAGUACCGCAACAAGCAACAGCAGCACCAGCAGCAAUCCUCCACCGUCCUGGCCCUCAGCCCUUCGCAAAGUCCCCAUCUCAUGGCCAAGCUCCCUGGCCAGCUGCUUUCUGCACAUGGCCUCCAGCAGGGGCCACAGGGGCUAGCUGGCCAGGCGGGUGGCUUGCGCCUCCCUCAAGGUGCUACCAUGGCAGUACAACAGGGCUUAUCGUUCAUGGGGCAGCAGCAACAACAGCAGCAGCAGCAGCCGCCGCCACCAGGGGGUGCAACCUCCAACAACUUCUUCUCCAGCAACCGUGUCUUGCAGGAGAGACAGCUGCAGCAGCAAAGGCUACAGCUUGCCCAGAAGCUACAGCAGCAGAGCCUCUUAGGACAAGUGUCUAUGCAGCAGCAGCAGCAGCAGCAAGGCCUCAUGGGACAAAUGGCCAUGCAACAGCAGCAGAGCCUGCUGGGGCAGGUCUCAGUGGUGCAGCAGCAGCACCAACAGCAGAGCCUCAUGGGGCAGGUCUCAGUGCAACAGCAACAAAGCACCAUAAGCCAGCCUGGCUUGAUGGCCCAGCCCCCUCCGCCACCGCCCACCCCCCAGCCAGGCCAGAACCUGAUCCCCAAGCAGCAAGGGCUGCUCAACAACCAGCCGGGAGUCAUGGUCCAGCAGCUCUCUCCUCAGCAGCAGCAGCAGCAGCAGCAAGCCAUGCUCGGGCACUCCAUGCUGCAGCACCAAGGGGUGAUGGGCCACCAAGCUUCGCAGAGGCAAAUGCUGUUGGCUCCACCGCAGCACAGGACGCUGGGUUCUCCCCAGCAGCUGACGCAGCAGCAGCAGCAGGCACAAGGGAUGAUGGGGCAUCGGCUUCUUUUGUCGCAGCAGCAAGCGGGGCUGCUUGGGCAGCAGAGGACGUUGCUGAGCCAGCAGCAGCAGCAGCAGCAGAACGCAAUCGCUCAACACCAGACACUCCUGGGCCAAGGGCCAGCUGCCCAGCAGGGAGCGUUGGGGCAAGGGCAGGGGUCCCAGCCGGGGUUGCUGGGGCAGGCCUCCCAGCCAGGCGUCCUGGGUCAGAGUCAGGGCCUCGCCACAGAGCCCAUCCAGCACUUUGCGCCACACGGGUCUCUGAACCAGCCGCUGCACUUGAGUCAGGGAAUGCAGCCAGCCCCGUCGCAGCAGGGCCUGGCUGUCAAGGAGCAGCAGGGAGGAGGAGGGCCCGAAGGCGGCACCCCCAUGCUGCCUCCGGAGGGGACAGACGGUGUGCUGCAGAAACAGCCGCUUCGAUCCCAUUUGGUGGGCCAGGACCUGGGAGGGCAGCUGCAGCAGAUGGGGGCCCAGGAGCCGCAGGGGAUGCCAAGCCAUGGAGCCCCUCUGCAGGAGCAGCCGUCUCAGCUGAUGCUUCAGCAGCAUGGGGAGCAGCCGCAGAAGCAGCCAGCCGACUUGGGCCAGGCCCAGCACCUUCUCCUGGGCCCUCCGCAGCAGAGCACGUUGGGGUCACUGCAGCUACGGAUGCAGCAGCAGCAGCAGCAAAGCAGUCACCUGCAGCAGCAGCAGCAGCAACAAAGCAACCUCUUGCAGCAGCCAAUGCGGACUCACCUGCCUAUGGACAGUAUCCUGCAGCAAGAGGUGUCUCAGCAGCAGCAGCAGCAGCAUCGAGAUGCAACUCAGGCCUCCCAUUUGCUAAACCAGCAGAUGGAGCAGCAAGGUCAGGUGCAAAACAUCAUGGCCCAACAGCAAAGAAUUGUGGGCCAGAGCCUGGAGCAACCUUCCAAAGGUUUGCCAGGGCAACUGCAGCAGCAGCAGCAGCAGCAGCGCCUUCAGAGCUCAGCUGGGCCUUCCAAGACACCAGGGCUGAUGGUGCCAACCCAGCAGCAGCAGCAAAGCAUGAUGGUCCAGCAAUCAUCCCCUCAGGGCCAAAGCAUCUUAUCGAGCCCUAUGAUGGGCCAGAUCCGCGCCCAGCUUCAGGGUGUCAUCUCCAAGAACCCCCAGCUACGGAACCUCACUCCCCAGCAGCAACAGCAGUUGCAAGCCCUGCUGAUGCAACGGCACCAGCAGAACCUGCUGCAGCAGAGCCAAGCUUUGCGACAAGCCAGCCCCUACCCGGGGCAGGCCCAAGCCCAGGUCCAGGCACCACUUGACCAAGGCCAGUCCGCUGCUCAACAGCUCUCUCUGCCAGGCCCUGUGGGACAACAGCCACAGAGGCAGUCACCUCUUGCGGUGUUCCAGAUUCGUCCAGAGCAGGGGUUCACUGCCUCCGUGGAACAGCAGAGAGUGCCAGUGAGCCAGCAGGCAACAAGCAGUCCGCAGCAGCAACAGCAGCAGCAGGGAGUGCUAAGGCUUCCCAUCCCUCAGGCUUCCCCUGUGCCCUCGAGUGUUGCUGGUGUGGCAGCACCUGUGCCGUUGCAGCAGCAGCAUCCUAGCCCUUCAGAGCCAAAGAGACCGUCCCCUUUGCUCCUGGCUAAAAGUCCAGAGCAACAACUGACGCCCACCCAGAAAACCCAGCCUGCGACCCCCAGUCCCCUGAUGCCCCCUGACCGAACGCCUGCUAUCCCCAGCACAGGGGAGAUGGUUCCUGGCACCUGCAGCCUCAGGGACAUGGAGUGCCCUGCCAAAGACCCCACGGAGCAAGGGGCAGUCAACGGGCAGGUGGUGGAAUCUGCUUCUCCCCCAGCUGAAAGGGUCCCGCCGCCCCUGGGUAAUCUUCCCUUGGUUUGCAUCAAGCAGGAGCCUAAGGAAGAAACGGCCCAUUGCGCCCUGAUGAGCAGUGCUGAGCCCAUCAAGCAUGAGGCAAAUGGGGAACCUGUGUGCAGUGCCACCACGGUCUCAGCCACUCUCCCUUCUACCACAAAUAGUCUCACCCGGUCUGAAGCGGGCCACCUCUUGCUGCAGAAGCUGUUGCGGGCCAAGAACGUGACCCUUGCCACGCAACGCUCCGGUGACGUCAAUGGGCAUGUGGAUGGCAAGCUUGCUGGCAUGGAGGGUCGGUUGCAGGCAGCACCAGAUGUACGAGAGGAUGCGCAAGCUGCAAAGAAACCCCCACCACCCAAGCCCAAGAGAUCUCAAAAAGCUGGAGAGCGACUUGCCAACUCCCGUAAGAAGCUGCGCAAGGAGGAUGGGGUGAAGUCCAACGAGGCCCUAAUGAAACAACUCAAGCAGGAGCUCUCCCUGCUGCCUCUGAUGGAGCCUGUGAUCACAGCCAAUUUCAACCUUUUCCCCCCCUUUGGGAGCAGCCCAAUCAAUGGCAAGAGCCAGCUGAAGGGCUCUUUUGGUAAUGCUGCCUUGGACAGCAUUCCGGACUACUACUCUCAGCUGCUCACCAAGAACAACCUGAGCAACCCACCAACGCCGCCGUCUUCACUGCCUCCCACACCACCACCCUCCGUGCAACAGAAGCUGGUCAAUGGAGUGAUGUCUUCUGAGGAACUGACUGAGCAGCCCAAGGAACAAGUACUGCCCCAGGAGCCCAGCGGGCAGAAAGCCACCCCCCCUGUGGAAGUGAAAAGCUUAGACCUCCUUGCAGCUCUGCCGACGCCACCACACAACCAGACGGAGGAUGUCAGGAUGGAGAGUGAUGAGGAGAGCGACUCGCCUGAUAGCAUUGUCCCAGCAUCAUCCCCCGAGAGUGUCCUGGGCGAAGAGGUGCCACGCUUUCCCCUGCUCUCUGGAGCCAAGUCUGAGAUGGAUGAGCACCCUCUGUCCCCUGUCAUCCCUAUCAUCCCAAAGGCCAGCAUCCCAGCUUCUCCAGAUGCCAAGCCUUAUGGAGCAUCGGAGCAGGUGGGGAAGGGAACACCAGGCACUUCCUGGGACAAAACGAAAGGCAGUGAAGUCUCUGUCAUGCUCACCGUCUCUGCAGCUGCUGCCAAGAACCUGAACGGUGUCAUGGUGGCAGUGGCUGAGCUGUUGAGCAUGAAGAUCCCCAGUUCUUAUGAAGUACUGUUCCCAGACAGCCCCAUGCGGGGUGCUGCCAGUGAACCCAGGAAAGUUGAAGCUGAUGCACAGGGUAAAGAGAAACCAGUGGCCACAAAGGGCCCUGAAGGUGGCCCCGAGUGGCUGAAGCAGUUUGAGGCCAUGCUGCCUGGCUACAGUCUCAAGAAUGAGCUGGACAUCUUGACGUUGCUCAAGCAGGAGAGCCCAGCUCCGGAAAAGACUGCCCAGCACUGCUACAUCAACAAUGUGGCCAACCUGGAUGUGCGGCAGCUCUUGACGCUCCCCGAGGAACCAUCUCCACCCCUCUCCCCCUUUGCGCCCUCCCCACCCAGCCCCCCCAGGGUGCCCGAGCCAGUCCCUGAGCCAGUCCCUGAGCCUCUGCCUGCCCCAUCUCCUCCACCCCUGUCCCCGAAGGAAGAAGCUCCCCAAUCCCCACCCAAAGGCAAGCCACGCUCCCGGCCCCUGGAAGACAGCGAAGAGAACAAGCCGCGGCUGAAGAAGUGGAAAGGGGUGCGCUGGAAACGGCUGCGCUUCCUCAUCACCAUUCAGAAGGCUGGUUCCAAGCGCGAUGGGGAAAGGGAGAUUGCGGAGUUCAUUGACCGCCUGGCCACCACCCUUCGGCCCGAGAAAGUGCCACGUGACUUGCGGAAAUGCUGCUUUUGCCAUGAGGAAGGUGAUGGGGCCACCGAUGGCCCGGCACGCCUCUUGAACCUGGACUUGGACCUGUGGGUGCACCUCAACUGUGCCCUUUGGUCCACGGAGGUCUACGAGACUCAAGGUGGGGCCCUCAUCAAUGUGGAGGUGGCGCUGCACCGGGGCCUGCUCACCAAGUGCUCCCUUUGCCAGAAGACGGGGGCCACGAACAGCUGCAACCGCAUCCGCUGCCCCAGCGUCUACCACUUUGCCUGUGCCAUCCGGGCCAAAUGCAUGUUCUUCAAGGACAAGACGAUGCUGUGCCCGCUGCACAAGCUCAAGGGCCCCUGUGACCAGGAGCUCAGCACCUUCACUGUCUUCCGGCGGGUCUACAUUGAGCGGGACGAGGUCAAGCAGAUUGCCAGCAUCAUCCAGCGCGGGGAGCGCCUCCACAUGUUCCGGGUGGGAGGCCUGGUCUUCCACGCCAUAGGGCAGCUUCUGCCCCACCAGAUGGCAGACUUCCACAGUGCCACGGCGCUCUACCCCGUGGGCUAUGAGGCCACCCGCAUCUACUGGAGCCUGCGGACCAACAAUCGCCGCUGCUGCUACCGCUGCACCAUCUGCGAGAACAAUGGGCGGCCGGAGUUUGUGGUGCAAGUGAUGGAACAGGGCUUGGAGGACUUGGUGUUCACGGACUCCUCGCCACAGGCUGUGUGGAACCGCAUCAUUGAACCAGUGGCCCUGAUGCGCAAGGAAGCUGACAUGUUGCGACUCUUCCCCGAGUAUCUCAAGGGAGAAGAGCUCUUCGGCUUGACAGCACAUGCUGUGCUGCGCAUUGCAGAGUCUCUGCCUGGUGUUGAGAGCUGCCAAAACUACCUUUUCCGCUAUGGGCGCCAUCCACUCAUGGAGCUCCCACUCAUGAUCAAUCCCACUGGCUGUGCUCGAUCGGAGCCGAAAAUACUCACACACUACAAAAGGCCCCACACACUGAACAGUACCAGCAUGUCCAAGGCCUACCAGAGCACUUUCACAGGCGAAACCAACACGCCCUACAGCAAACAGUUUGUGCACUCCAAGUCCUCCCAGUAUCGCCGCCUCAAGACAGAAUGGAAGAACAACGUGUACCUGGCACGUUCCCGCAUCCAAGGACUGGGACUCUACGCUGCCAAGGAUCUUGAGAAGCACACAAUGGUCAUUGAGUACAUUGGCACCAUCAUCCGCAAUGAGGUGGCCAACCGGCGUGAGAAGAUCUAUGAGGAGCAGAAUCGAGGGAUCUACAUGUUCCGUAUCAACAAUGAGCAUGUCAUUGAUGCCACGCUGACAGGCGGCCCCGCCAGGUACAUUAAUCACUCCUGUGCACCCAACUGUGUGGCUGAGGUUGUGACUUUUGACAAGGAGGACAAGAUCAUCAUCAUCUCCAGUCGAAGAAUACCCAAGGGAGAGGAGCUGACUUACGACUACCAGUUUGACUUUGAAGAUGAUCAGCACAAAAUCCCGUGCCAUUGUGGAGCCUGGAACUGCAGGAAAUGGAUGAACUAGCCCAAAGAGGCUCUUCAAGCGAGGUGGGGGAUGGACACCCUGACUGCCCAGCACAAAUGGCAUAGGAGGCUUUGUGUAGAGAGGCCUGUUCUACCAGCUCUCCCAACCCUCCAGCAGGGCAGAGAAUCACCCAGGGAAAGCACGGUUGGAAUCUACCACCCCAACAUGCCGUGGGGCAGCUGGGACCCAAGUCGAGUGGGUGACAGCAGCAUAUCUGCUACUGAGUGGCAGUUCUGGUUAUGGCGGUGUAGCAGUCUGGCUGUCAGGUCCAGCUGCCUCUGCUUCCAGACAAGGCAACCUGCUUUUCCCCAGCAGAAGGCAGCAGCCACAAGCAACCCCAUCUGGGGUGGGGAACGAUAAACUGGCAACUCAGGGUUUUCUUUUUAGUAUUUUUCUUUUGAGGCCGAAAUGGGGAAGCCUUCCACCCCUGUGCACCUGUAAAUAAUGGACUUCAGAAAUAUACUGGGAGGAGAUUGGGGCAUUCUAUCUAGCAGAGCUGGGGGAAGGGAACCAUGGCAUAGCUAUUGGAUCCCCGGGGAAGAAUUUCUAACUUUUGCUGUGUGUGUGUGUGUUCGGGGAAUUUUGUGUGCGUUUGAAAGGAGGUUUUUUUAAAAUCUAAUAUCUAUUGCUUGCUAAUUACCAAGGUAACAAGAGGCUUCAAAGAGACUCAUUAGCUUGACAAUCCACCUUCCAGAGCCCUCCACCUCUGGAUUUUGUAUACAUUUAGGUGUUGGAUUUGAAAGGGGGGGGUGAGUGUAUGGGUAUGCAUGCGCACAUGUGCGUGCAUGUGCUUUUUGGUGGUGGUGGGGAAAUGGACUUUCAGCGGACUGCUGGCAUUGACUUGCAGAAGCUGAAAAUGGACCUUCCCUUCCUCCUGCCCCUGCCCCCGCCCCCCACCCCGCUCAUCUUCCAUGCGCGAGGAGCAUCCGCACUUGAACCUACCUCAUUUGAAGUGUUAGACUUUGCUGUUUUUUGUUUUUUGUAAUGUGAGCCCCUCGCUGUGCCACCCUCCUGCUUUUUGAACCCUUUCCCCUGAAUAUGGAGAGCCACAGCUGCCCUGGCAGGUAUGGAAACAGUUCUCUAGAUGUGGAGGUGGGGCAUGUGUUUUGCUGGAAUUGCCUUUUGUUUCCUUUCUCCCCCUCCCUAAGCCCAAGCACUGUAAGAUUGGGUCUCCUAAAACCCUUCCAGACUGAGCUGCUGGAAUGAGCACAGUGGGCUCCUAUCCACCAACAAAGGGGCAGAUUACACUGCAUGGUAUGAAGUGGUUGUCUGAAUGUGCCAAGGCAUUGAGGAACAAAGAUCUCCUGGUCACCCAAUGCCAGUCCCACCACAUCUCUCCAGCAGAGCUUUCUCCAGUGGACCCCAAACCAUGCUUUGCCUGUCUGCAGAGCAUGACUUUUGAUGAAGGAGUCAGUGGCUUGUGGCCAGCUCUGAGAGGGGGAGUUGUCUGCUCUUGAGUAAGCCCUUCUCCCUCAAGUCCCCGAUUCCACUCCAUGGUUUCCCAUGAUCAGCCUUGCUCCUCUGGAGUUGUGUGUGUGAGUGAGAGAGAGAGAGAGAGAGAGAGAGAUGUUGGCACAUUGCAGAGUUUGCAAUUAUUUAUCUAUUUAUAUAUAUUGUGUAUAUAUUUGAAUUAGCAUGGGGAGGAAUGUCCUAGCUGCAGGGUUUUUUAUGGACUGCUGGGUGGAUCUCUGCAGAAUGCUGCCCCCACUUUUUCCCCAUUGGGGAGGAAGGGAAGACAAGGGGGAGACUUGUUCAUCAACACAACCUUGGUGGGAAGGGGAAUGUGUAAAGAACCUGUUUCUCUAUGAAAUGCUUUCUCUAGGAGUGAGUGUGUGUGUGUGUGUGUGUAUAGAUAUAUAUUUUGUUCUUUCUUUUUUUAAGAAACUGAAUCAAUUUAUAAUAACCAGUAUCUUAAGAGCCAUCUGCCCAGCAGCAACUUCCCCCAUAUAGGGAGAUUCCAUAUUAGAAGGCAAAUUUGGGCAUUACAGAGGACACACAAAUGCAUACACGCAUGCACACACACCAUACACAGUCUUCCUUCUAUUGAAUGAGAUUUUGAAGGACUGCUGUAUACCAUUGGUAUUUGGGGGGUCGGGGUGGAGGGGUCUUUACUGACAAAGCUCUCUUGACUAACUUUGUACAGUUGAGAUCUUUUAACGCACAAUUGCACCAUUUCCCCCUCCCCUCCUUAUACAUAUACACACACACACACACACACACACACACACACACACACUGUGCCUGUAGCAAUGGUGUUAAGAGAUCUAGCAGGCCAUGGCUUAAAUUUUCACUUGAUUCAACAAACAAAAGGGAGAGAAAGUGGCAAUAAGGCUUUAUCUUUCAUAAAUGGUGGAGUGACAUGGGGCAUAAAAUCAGGGUUAGCACUCAAGAGUAUCUUUUUUUUUUUAAACCCAUCAGCAAGAUGAGAACCGUGUUCUUGAGUUUAAAAGCUGCUUCUGCAAACCGUUCCAAGCUAUGACGGUUAAAAACAGUAAGGUGGGGGAGAGAGAAAUGAUGACAAGUUAUAAACAUGAAUAAAUAAAAAUAAUUAAAAUUGUAAAUAAGAUGGCAUUUGUGGAGGGGGGGGGGAGUUUUUAUCAGUAACAAAACCACUGGACAUUGUUUUAAAAUAAAGGUUUGAGUUAAAGCCAGUAUACCUUUUUUUUGUCUCUUUUGGAUUUGUUGGUGUGUCUUUCCAUUAAUUUGGAAGGCUGUAAAAGUUGUAAAAAAAAAUAAAUUUUAAAAAAUUGCUACAAAGGUUUAAAAGCUUGAGAGAGAUUUUAAAAAAAAUGAUAAAGUGACUGAAUAUAAUAGAUUGUCAAGAUUUUUUUGGAUGACGGUUAGAGUUUAAGAUAAUCCUGUAGAUUUUAGCUGAUGAAGAAAGACUAUACAGUUUUUAAUUUUUAUAUAAACUAUAACCCGGUCUUGAAGCUAAAACUUUUUUAAAGUUCUCUGCCUGUAUAAUCGCAUUUGACGCCUUGUCCCAUACUUCUGUUUACAGUUGCACAUACUAUAUAUAUUAAGUUUUAACCCUUUUAUGAACCCAAAAUAAUCACUUUUUUUAAAAUAAAGUGUGGACUUUGUGAGGAA